AUGGGACCCCCAGGACUCACUGAAGAUGAGCAAAGGACCUCAGCGGUAGUGCUGGCAGGGGCGGCACUGACGACCAGCACCGCAGGGGUCACGGUCAGGGCGGCCACACCCGAGAGAUUGAUUCAGAUGUGCGUGGAGGCAUUCACUGACAAAGGCUUGGACAGGAACCAGGAGGAGUUCGUCACCGUCUUCUUCCUGAUGCACCAGUGGUUUAUGACCUCCGAGGAGCUGGCUCAAGCCUUUAUCGAUCUAUAUCAAGGCUGCGAUGAAACCAUCACGUGUUCAAUGGUGGCGUGCCAACACCUGCCUAUCAACACAGACUGUGCCGUUCAAAACUUCAAGAAGAUGAUCUGCCAGGCUGUCAGGUAUUGGAUUUGCAAGUUCCCGUUGCAUUUUGACAUGGAUACCAAAGUGACAGCAGCCGUCACGAGACUGAGCACCUUGCUGCAGGCUGAGGGUAACUACAAGCUGAAAGAACUAGUGGAUGUCUCAAAAGUCCCAUCUUAUGACUGGAUGCGGAAUAUGUCGGUGAGAACUGCCCCCUUUGGGAAGCAUUCCAGGAAAGUCUCUCUGGUGUUCAACCAUCUGGAGCCCAAAGAGCUGGCUGCACAGUUGACCUAUUUGGAGUACAAGGCAUUUAGAAGAGUUCAUUUUUCAGAUUACAAAAACUACGCUUUGACCGCCUCACUAAAAGACCAACCCAAGUUGGAGCGGUCAAUCGCUUUAUUCAACGGCUUAUCUCAGUGGGUCCAGUGUAUGGUUCUCAGUAAAACAACACCUCAGCAGCGAGCUGAUGUUAUCUGCAAGUUCAUUGAUGUCUCUAAGCAUUUACGAAUCUUGCAAAAUUUCAACACAUUGAUGGCCAUUGUUGGAGGACUGUCUCACAGUGCUUUGGCACGACUGUCAAAAACGAUUGCUUGCUUGCCUCCAGAAUCUCAGAAGACACUCAUGGAUCUAACAGAACUAUUGUCUUCAAACAACAACUUUAGCAACUAUCGCAAGGUGUAUCACCAGUGUACAGGCUUUAAGAUACCCAUUCUGGGAGUUCACCUCAAAGAUCUGAUCUCACUCCACACAGCUCUUCCCGACCGAUUGGAAGGCAACCUCCUAAACUUCCGCAAGAUGGCCCAACUGGCAGUCAUCUUGAGAGAGUUGACAAGGCUACAAGGCCAGGAAAACAUUCCAGUGGAUGCCAACAUGGACUUGGUUAACACAUUGCGGCUUUCCUUGGAUUUAUACCACACAGAAGAUGAGAUUUAUGAGCUGUCUCUAGCACGAGAGCCAAGGGGUUCUUUGUCAUCUCCAACCACACCUACAAAACCUGUGGUGUUUGCUGAUUGGCUGUCUGGCAUUAGUCCUCCUGACUCGGAAACUAUUAACCAUCAUGUUCAUGACAUGGUGGAGGCUGUGUUCAAAAACUAUGAUCAUGACAAGGAUGGAUUUAUCUCCCAUGAUGAGUUUGAUGCUAUUGCUGGCAACUUCCCUUUCAUUGAUUCCUUCUGUGUUCUUGAUGCUGAUAAGGAUGGGAUGAUUAGCAAACGUGAAAUGAAAACAUAUUUUAUCCGGGCCAACAGCCAUGCCCUCAGAAACAGUUUCAAACAUGCAUUCCAUGAGACAACCUACUUUAAACCAACUUUUUGUAUUCACUGUACGGGUUUGUUAUGGGGUCUUAUUAAACAAGGCUGGAAAUGUAAAGAUUGUGGAAUUAACGCACACAAACACUGCAAGGACCUAGUGGUGAUGGAGUGCAGAAGUAAGGGCAGCAAGCGGACAGAAUCUAUGUCUAAUGGGCCCCAUGAUUUGACAAUAACGGCUAAACGAAAAAUUUCUCAGAGGCACCAGAAGAGGUCGUCGCCAUCACACGUGAUUCAGCAGUCGACCCAGACAGAAGGUGUCAUGAUGAGACGAACCAGUAGUCUCAAGGUCAUCAACAGCAGCAGCAGCAGCAGCAGCCACAACCACCGCGACUGUGCAAUCAUUGACGGCGAAUAUUAUGAGGAGCAAGCUCUGCUGUAUGCAAGACUGCUCAAAUCUGAAGAG